CCCGUUCCGCGCAUGCGCGCUGCGCCCCGCCCAUCCCGCCGGCCGCGUCCCCAGCAGGCGCCGCCAUGACGCAGGAACGCGAGGGGGACCCCCCUGCGGGGGGGGCGCCGCCCCCCGACCCCCCCAGCCCGGCCCCGGAGCGCCGCAAGAAGCCGGUGGUUCACCCCGCCGCCCCCGCGCCCCUGCCCAAGGACUACGCUUUCACCUUCUUCGACCCGAACGACGCGGCGUGCCGGGAGAUCCUGCUGGACCCCCGCACCACCGUGCCCCAGCUCUUCGCCAUCCUGCGCCAGUGGGUGCCCCAAGUGCAGCACAACGUCGACGUCAUCGGCAAUGAGAUCCUGCGCCGUGGCUGCCACGUGAACGACCGGGACGGGCUGACGGACAUGACGCUGCUGCACUACGCCUGCAAGGCCGGCGCCCACGGCGUGGGGGACCCGGCGGCGGCCGUGCGCCUCUCGACGCGGCUGCUGGCGCUGGGGGGGGACGUGACGCUGCGCAGCCGCUGGACCCACAUGAACGCCCUCCAUUACGCCGCCUACUUCGACGUCCCCGAGCUCAUCCGCACCCUCCUGCGGGCGGCGGCCCCCCGAGUGCUGCACUCGACCUGCAGCGACUUCAGCCACGGGACGGCCCUGCACAUCGCCGCCUCCAACCUCUGCCUGGGCGCCGUGCGCUGCCUGCUGGAGCACGGGGCCGACCCUGCCCUCCGGAACAGCAAAGGUCAGGUGGCGGCCGAGGUGGUGCCGGACCCCACGGACAUGGCGCUGGACAAGGCGGAGGCGGCGCUGGCGGCGCGGGAGCUGCGGCGGCUGCUGCUGGACGCGGUGCCCCUCAGCUGCAGCCUCCCCCGCGUCACCCUCCCCAACUACGACAACCUGCCCGGCAACCUCAUGCUGCUCUGCCUCGGCCUCCAGCUGGGCGACCGCGUCCGCAUCGACGGCGGGAAGGUGGGGACCCUGCGGUUCUGUGGCACCACGGCCUUCGCCAGCGGGCAGUGGGCGGGGGUGGAGCUGGACGAGCCCGAGGGCAAGAACGACGGCAGCGUGGGGGGGGUCCGCUACUUCAUCUGCCCCCCCAAGCAGGGCGUCUUCGCCUCCGUCUCCAAGAUCUCCAAGGCGGAGGAGCAGCCCCCGGCGCCGUCCCCCCCCCGCAGCCCCCCGGGACCCCCGGCCCCCGCCCCCCCCAAGGCCCGCAAGGACAAGAGAGCGCCCCGGAAGCGGGGCGGGGCUUGGCUGGACCGGGAGGGGCGACGCGUGGCCCCGGGGGACGCGGUGCUGGUGGCCGGACAGCGCCCGGGACGGGCCCGGUUCUACGGGCGCACCGACUUCGCCCCCGGGUACUGGUUUGGGGUGGAGCUGGACUCGGCCGGCGGGAAGCACGACGGGUCGGUGUUCGGGGUGCGGUACUUCUCCUGCCCCCCCAAACACGGCAUCUUCGCCCCCCCCUCCCGCGUCCAGAGGGUCGGGGGUCCCCGGGAGGAGCCGGGGGACGGCGCCCCCGAAAAGAAGGUGCAGCAGGUCACCGUGUCACAGCCCAAGCGCAACUUCCCAGCAGUGCGGACCCCGAAGGACAUCACCUCAGAGAGCUCCUUCUCCAGGUUACUCUUCUGCUGCUGGUUCCCCUGGAUGCUGCGGGCCGAGAUGCAGUCCUAACCCCCCCCCCCCACCAACACACACACCCCCCGCCGCGCUGCCCUCCCCUCCCCCCCCCGCCGCCCCUCCCCCACCCAGUGCCUUGGCCCCUCCCCUGCCCUGGGGAGACUGUGAUGUGAUGCCCCUUUCCCCCACACACACACCCCCUCUCCGACCCCCUCCUUGCGCCGGGCCGUUCACUCUGGAACCUACUGAUUACAGUGACUGGGGCAGGGGAUGGGGGGGGAGUUGAUCCCCUCCCUCCCCCAACGCCUGUUUUAGGCUGUUCACCCUGGAACCUACUGAUUACAGUGAUGGGGCUUUGGCUGAUGCCAGCCCCUUCCCCCAGCUCCCGCCCCCCCCCCACCCCCACCUUGUUUGGGCUGUUUACUCUGGAAGCUACUGAUUACCCUUGUGGGGCUGAGCUGAUGCCAGGCCCUCGGACCCCUCCCCCUGGCCCAUCCCAGCCCUGUUUUGAGUUGUUUACCCUGGAACCUACUGAUGACAGUGGUGGGGUGUUGCCGCUAGCUCCAUCCCCCCCUCCCCCAAUACUGGACUGUUCACUCUGGAACCUACUGAUUCGUUAUAGGGCAUUGAUGCCAGGCCCACUCCCGGAAUAUCUCUGCCCCUCCCCCUCGCCCCCCAACCUCAAUUCCUUCAGGCUGUUCACUCUGGAACCUACUGAUUACCUUUGUGAGGAGUCAGCCAAUGCCACCCCGCCCUCCCUUUUGGGUCGUUCACUCUGGAACCUACUGACUACAGCUGGGGGAGGAGGGGGGUCGUGCCAGGGCCCUUCCCCAGCCUGUUCCUGAGCCAUUAACUCUGGAAACUACUGAUUAUGCCCUGGGAGGGAGGGGGGGGUGCGUGGAAAACCGGUUUAUACUGGUUUGGUGGAUUCUCCAGUGGCUGCUAGUGGGGUUGAGGAUGCACACAUACACAUCCCUCCCCCCCCCCCCCCCCCCCGGCCCAAAAAAAGGGACCCAGGCGUCCGGGAGGCGCAGAGGGGGAGGCUCUGGACGCCUGAGCCCGAUGGCGUCGUGCUCCCUGCCCCCCCCCCGCAGUAGCAAUAACGUCCCCUCCCCCGCGGUCGUGUGAGUGGCUUUAAUGUCCCCCGUCCCCCCCCGCUGCCGCAUGGUCCCCCCGGACCCGCUUCUGCCACCAAUAAACACCUUUGUACGUCC